AUGCUUCACACUGAAUGUGAGGACGCCAACCACCGCCAGCCAUGGUGGAACGUAUUCAAACCGGUCCUCGACGCCGUCGUGCCGUGUUGCAUUUGCCACCCUCUCCUCCUCUUCUGUCUCUACUCCCCGCCGGCCACGGUCGCCACGGUCACAGGCACCAUCAUUUGCCCCACGGACAAUGGUCGCGUCAAGAUCGCCAUGCAAAACCCUGCGCAAACCUCUCCAUUCGUCACCCUCGAACUCCCGCUCCACACCUCGCACUUCGCGGCACUCGUCCGUGGCGAGACGAACCGGAUCGUCUUCACGUGCCCCCGUGAGCCCGACGGUUGCUCGAUGCGCCCGCUUUUGAGCGCACCUGUUUGGACCAUGCUAUGCAAUGGGAGGAAGAUGGGGUUCGCAGUGCAAAGGACGGGAUCGCACAAGGACGCAUCGCUGUUGGAGAUGAUAAGGUCGGUCUCCGCCGGUGCAGGGUUGUUGCCGGAUAAGGAAGGGCUUGGCGAGCAGAAGUACUUGAGAGGCCAGUUCAUUCGAACAGUGGGGUCAAGCGAUUCUGAGGCGUACCACUUGGUUGAUCCUUCAGGGUGUUUUGGACAAGAGCUGAGUUUGUUCUUCCUGAGAAACUAG